AUGUCCGUGCCGGACUUUGGGCAGCCUUCCUGGGCUCUGUACCUCAGUGGCCCCGACUGUAAGGAGAGAGAGACCGACGUCCCUAACUAUGGCGACUACCCAUUCUCCGUUUCUGUCAUCUUGUGGCUUCAGAAAUGUUACAAGAGUGGAAUCCUACCUUCUGAGACUGGCAGGCAUUACUGGCGAGAUUUGGGGAGGCCGCGUGCUCCGGCCGUCGCCUGGAGGUGGCUUGCAUCGUGCGCUCCCUCAGGGAGCCAUCGCCCUCCCCUUGUGCAGUGUGGCUGUGGUUUUCAUUGUGCUUUCCCUCUGCUGCAGCUGAAGCAGUUCGAGCGACUGGAGCAGGAGGUGUCCCGGCCCAUAGACCACGACCUGGCCAACUGGGCGCCGGCGCGGCCACUGGCCCCGGGGCGGACGGGCAGCCUGGGGCCCUCGGACCGGGAGCUGCUGCUCUUCUACCUGGAGCAGUGCGAGGCCAACCUGACCACGCUGACCAACGCAGUGGACGCCUUCUUCAGCGCCGUGGCCACCAACCAGCCGCCCAAGAUCUUCGUGGCGCACAGCAAGUUCGUCAUCCUCAGCGCGCACAAGCUGGUGUUCAUCGGGGACACGCUGUCGAGGCAGGCCAAGGCGGCCGACGUGCGCAGCCAGGUGACCCACUACAGCAACCUACUGUGUGACCUCCUGCGCGGCAUUGUGGCCACCACCAAGGCCGCUGCCCUGCAGUACCCGUCACCUGCCGCUGCCCAGGACAUGGUGGACAGGGUCAAGGAGCUGGGCCACAGCACCCAGCAGUUCCGCCGGGUCCUGGGCCAGCUGGCAGCUGCCUGAGAGCCGGUGACCACAGGGAUGGGGGUCAGGGGAGGAGGGUACCUGCCCCGAGAGAGUCGCCAUGCUGCAGGCAUGGGGACAGGCGCCCCAGCUCUGUCCGGGCCUGGUGCCCCAGACUGUCCAGGGAUUUGUACAUAGUUAGGAUGGGGCAGGAUAUGCGACCACGCCUGCUCAGAGCCCAAGCAGAGCUGGGCCCCCGGGGAGCCAAGGCUGAGGAGUGGGCUGGUGGUCUUCCCUGUGUACACGGGGGGCUGGGGCCCAGAGAGCCCUGGGCCAUGACCCACAUGGCCUCAGAGGACCCCUUGAGCUGAUCCUAGCCCCACAGCGGUGCCAGGUCCCCCGUCCCCCCACAGCGCAAGCGCCACUGUACCAGGAGAAAAACUCUAGAACACUAUUUUUCAUUAUUGGUUUUCCAAUCAUUUGACUAAUAGUCUACAUUUAAAUAAAAUUUUAAAAAUGAAAA